AUGACGUCUGUCACUCAAAUGUAACUAUAGGUCGUUUUUGGUGUUUUUAACAAUACAUCAUUAUUAGAUUUACAUAUGAAAACAGUUCUGAGUUCUUCUACCACUAUCAGGACCAACAUUCCCAGUUAGAGAAAAGGUGAAAAUAAAACAAGACAGAGAGGAUGAGGAGGAUGUUCAGUUUCAGGGGCCCCAGAGUUUGCCUGGGGCCCCCAAAUCAGUAAAUCCGCCCCUGCCUGCACACCUCCGACCGCCUCAACCUGCUUACCGACAACAAACACGGCUCAUCACAAGCCGUCUCACCUGCUGUGUGUCACUGUUUAAAACACCUGUACCGACCUGUUACGCAGCAGAGUAUGAGGAGCGUGCGUAAUGUUUAACGUCGUGCACCAGGGUCGGAAAUACGCCCCCACGCGCUCCUCGGUGCGGGAUGACUCUCCGUUAACCGUCCAGGCUGUUCAUAUCAUCAGCACCCCGGUUAGACUCAGCGAUCCACCGGAGGCGACGUGGCCGCCACCGGGCGCCAAGAUGCGGAUGUCCAAGGGCGCCGUGGUGGUGAGAGCUGACCGGCGGCACGCGUCUCCUCAGCCGGCCAGUCUGGAGAGCCUGGAAGCGGCUUGGAGCGAGAGAGGACACCCGGAGAGGAGUAACGGCGAGGCGGACGGACUGGAGGAUCACGGAGGAGGGCCGCCCCGGGGCAGGAAGAAGGGGUUCAGACCUCCCGAUGUGAGGACCAUCUUCUCCCCCGAGGAGAGGGACCCCAGGGUGAAGCAGGAGUCCGGGGAGGGUCACACCUUCCUGCCCAGCUGGGAGAGCAGCUGGUGUGAUGUGUGCUGCCACUACAUCUUCCAGGAUGGUUUCACCUGUGCAGGUUGUAAGUACACGUGUCACGCUGCUUGUCGGGACAAAGUGUCGUUGGACUGUCAUCCUGCAGCUUCGCCCGUCAGCCAGGACCAGCUCAACAAUAACAACACACAGCUCCAUGAUGUGGAGAAGGAGAGAAAGUUGCGGACCGAGUUCAGCAGGGAGGAAAUCAGGCAGAAGAUCGAGCUGUACAACUCCCUGACCAAAGACCACCUUAAAAUGACACUUGGUCAUACUGGUGUGUAUACUGGUUUCAUCAAGGUCCAGAUGGACCUGAGGAGGCCGGUGACGAUGCGGGGGGGUCAGAGAGGAGCAGGAGGAGCCGUGAUGCCGGAGGCCUUCUAUCUGCCCAAAGGAGUCACCAACACCCUCCACAUCAGCUCCAAUAACACCGUCAGACAGGUGAUCGUCGCUCUGCUGAACAAGUUCACAGUUGCGGACAACCCGGCCAAAUACGCUCUGUACAAACGCUACAGCACGGAGGAGCAGGUGUACAUGUGUAAGCUGGCGGAUGGCGAGCAGCCGUUGUUCCUUCGUCUGGUGGCGGGACCCGACGACGACAUGCUCAGCUUCGUACUGAGAGAACAACAGACCGGAGAAGUCAUGUGGGAUGCGUUCUCCAUCCCCGAGCUACGCAACUUCCUGCGGAUCCUCGACAAGGAGGAGGAAGAGCAGAGGGAGGCGGUGAUUCGCCGCUAUGAGACCUACCGCCAGAGACUGCAAGAGGCACUGAGGGAGGUCAGAGGCCCCUCUUAGAGGAUUAACCUCCAUAAAACAGAACUACUUUACCCCCCCCCACCCCCAGAGGGACGGAAGAGGUGUUUAUUUUUACCUCCUCAGAGGAUAAAAAUAGUGUACAUUUUGACGGAGAGAGGGAUGUGAACGCAGAUCGAGAAGAGAGGAUCCAGCGCCUGAAAGAAGGGAUGAUGCAGACAGACAGAGGGAUGAUAUGACAAGAGGACAGGAAACAAAAAAGGAAAAAAGGACGGCAAGCAAAAAAAAAAAAAGACGCCUGAACGGACAAAAUUUGGAUUUACUGGAGUUUGUUUCAGCCUGGAUUCAAGACUUCAAACUGCUGCCUGCUCUGCUCCGUCUGCCUGCACACACCAAAGAUUCACUCUGAUUAUCAUUGUGCCAUAUUCAUUCAUCCUCUCUCCCUCUCUCCGUCCAUCCCUCUCUUCUUCUUCUUCUUCUUCUUCUUCUUUUUCUUCUUCUUCUUCUUUUCUCACUCUGUCCUGCUAUCACAUAAUUUAUGCAGUGUAUCUGAUUCCUCUUUGUUUUUUCCUUUUUUCAUCCUUUAAACUUGUGAAAGACUCAAGGCCAUACUGUACGUUGAUUUAGAGUUUUAUUUAAUUUGUUUGUUGCUAAGGUCUGUACAUAUUUUUUUUUUCUUAAUUUAUAUGGGUGA